AUGUAUCAGAAAUUCCAAACAGUUGUUAAAUUACAAACAAAUGAAAGGACAAAAGGAAGCAAUAGGGAACAAGAAAACUUUAGGCAACUCCAAAUGCGAGCCAGAAAUGGUGAUUCAUCUUUAGAAGACUGGAAACUUCUUUUGGCAAGAAACCCCGAUAAAACUGAGAACCUUCAACAUUUUGAGGAUUGUGCAAUAAAACGUUCUUUUGGGAAUGAAAAAGUUGCUAAAGAUAACUACAAUAAAUUGUGUGACAUAGGUCACCCAAUUAUACAGAUUACUGCCCAGUAUACCAGCAACAAAGCCAAAAAUUUGAGUGCUGAAGAUAUGGGAGGACUAGAACCUGUAUUGUAUUUAGCAAAAAAUUCAAGGGUCAUGCUGACACGUAACCUCUGGACUGAAGUGGGUCUCCGUAAUGGUGCAUUGGGAACAGUCCGUCAUGUUAUUUAUGCUGAAGGGCGUUGCCCACCUGUGUUACCCAUUGCAAUAAUGGUUCAAUUUGAUAAAAAGGACUAUUCUAGGCCAAGUUUUUGUGACAGCAUUGCCAAUUAUGUUCCUAUCUACCCAGUUACAAAUUCCUCUGAUAUUUAUGGAGAAAAACUAGAACGACAGUAAUUUCCACUCAAGCUUGCUUGGUCAAUUACCAUUCACAAGGCCCAGGGCUUUAACCAGAGUACGUACUAUCUCCAAUCUCGUUAUUGAACCUAUGUCAUAUGAAAGAUUGGGGUCCCUUAAGAAAACUUCCAACUACAAAUACAGAAUCUUAGAAGAGGCAAGAUUAACCAAUUUAAAUGAAGUUACUCUUUCAAAGAUUCAAAAUGACAUAGUCCAUCAUUACAAUGGAUUAUAUCUUUGUUCUUGUAGAUAAUUAUAAUGUCUAAUUUCACCCCACCACCAUCAAAGAGGGUCAAAUAUGGAAUGCCCUCAUCUCCAGCAUCUCCCUCUUCAACUUCAACAGCAAGUAAGUUACUCCCUUUACAUUAUCAUUUUGUACCAUCAAUUGUAAUAUCUUGUUAGAUAUAGCCAAAAAUUCGAACUUGUAAACAGAUCUUUUCUUAUGGUUUAAAAAAUAUAUUAUCAACACUGAAAAUGUUUUGAUCAAAGCUGUGUAAAGCGAACUGAAUCACUACAUGGAACCUUGCAUUUCCUGUUUGUAUCUUACCAACAUUAUGGAAUAUGUGUGAAAGUCUUCAUUAUGAAUCAGUAACUUUCAAAAAGCUACACAAUGACCAAGAAUACUAUUCACACAACCUCAAGUCAACAAACAGUAAACCCUAACACUAUACUUAAACCCAACAAGUACAAUUAAUAAUAAUUUAUCUCAAAUACUCAAUGAACUUCUUGUAAAAUGCACAAGACACUAUUUGUUUUCAUAAUAGAACAGUAACAGUUUAGUCUGUUAUUUUUUUAAUUGAUUCAUCCCUUUCUUCAUCCACAGUUGUUAUUGGGUACAUCCAGCAUGUGAUGCCAGUGAAACAAAGCCAAUCAAGCUCAAAUCUGUACUUUGAAGUCAAAGUCAAAGCCUCCAAACAAGAAGGCAAAAUUGUCAAGGUCAUGCACCAGAAACGAGAUGACUCCAAACGCCAGGUCUUCGUAGACAAGGUGAAUGCCCAACAGCCAGUUAUUCCAAUCUAUCUGCGACUGCAUCAGGAACAAUCUUUUUUUAAUAAGGGUGCAGGAAUUCAAGAUCUACCCAGCCAUACUAUCACCUUUCAGUAUGAGGUACAAGACCCUUUCGAAGUGACCAUGGUUAGAUCUCUCAUGAAGUCCACUACAGGGAACUUUAAUGUACUUGGCAGUAUUAAGUGGAAAGGAGAGGCGCACAUCCCCUCAGAAAAGAGCACCCAAUCCGUCCUUGAUGCCACACUCACAGAUACCAGAGGGUCUAUCCCACUGUCUAUAUGGGGUGAACACAUUACUGCUGUCCAAGAAGGAAACUUCUACACAUUCACAGAAUGUAAACUGCGCCACUUUUAUGGGAAGUGCCUCAACUACUAA